ACCAAAGAUAGGGUCUCUCAAAGUAUUGUGUGGACUGCUUGUCAUAGACUGAUUUCAGAGACUUACUGAAAAAAGUCAAAUCAAAUCUCACAAAUGCAAAAAAGAAAAAGGCCAGACACAAAAAUCAGAAAUGAGAGGAUAGUCUAUUUUUACUAGGGAAAUGCAAACCAAAGCCAUAAUGAGAUAUUAGCACCUCCUGCUCAUUAGGAUGGCCGCUGGCAGGAUGGCGGGAAGGAAGGGAGGGCCGGAAGGAGGGAGGCUAGGGUGUGGCGAGAUGGGAACCCUCACGAGCGGCUGGGGGAAAUGUAAACUAGAGCUGCCAGGGAAAACAGGAUGGAAGCUCUUCAAAAACUCAGGAACCAAAUCACCAUAUUAUCUGACAGUCUUGCCUCUGGGUAUAUAUUCCAAAGAAAUGAAAGCAGGACCUGGAAGAAAUACGUGUCCACCCAGAUUUAUAGCAUUAUUCACAAAAGCAACCAAAAGGUUGCUUCCCAGGCAGAUGAGUGGCUAAACAAAAUGUUUUCUCCACAUGCAGUGGAAUAUUACUUAGCCGUAAAAAGGAAAUGCAUUCUGACACAUGCCACAACGUGGAUGGACCUUGACCCGAGUGAACUAAGCUAGUCACCCAAGGACAAAUCCCAUGUGAUUCCACUUACACGAGGUACCCUAGAACAGUCAAGUCCAUGGAGACAAAAAGUAAGCACGGUGGUUGUCAGGGCCUGGCGGGAGGAAGGACUGGGGAGUUGGUGUUUAAUGGGGACAGAGCUUCAGUUUGGGAAGAUGAAAAAGUUUCUGGAGACGGAUGGUGGUGAUGGUCGCACAAGAAUAUGAAUGUAGCGAAUGGCACGGAACUGAGCUCUUAAAAAUAGUUAGGGUGGUAAAUUCUAUGUUCUAUGUAUUCCACCGCAGUUUGUGGAAACUUUAAUUCAAAUUUUAAAAACAAGGCACAGAGGAGUAUAUACUGUAUGAUUCCAUUUAUUUAAGGUACAGCAAUCAAUCAACGGUGUUCACCAUCAGAAUAGUGGUUACCCUUGGGAGGGACGAGGUUCUGGGGUGUGGUAAUAUUCGAUCUCUUGAUCUGGCUGUGAAGACGUGGGUGUGUACAGUGCAUGAAAUUCUCUGAGCCCUGCAUAUGCCUGUUACAUGUCAGAAAAGAUUCCAGAAGAAUAGAUCAUUAGCCCGACAGCAGCUACGAAGACAGAAUCUCUAAGGAUGGGACCUGGGGACCCUACAUCUUAACCCUUCCCCACUCCGGGUUUCUCUUAAGAACAUUGAACUUGGGGAAUCUUUGCUAAAGGAAAAGGAUUAGGGAACCAUCCUCCCGAUGAUCAAGAAUGCCGUUCUGCUCUAGCAACAAAUCUUCCCUAGGAAAGACAUUUCUUGAUAUCUUUGAGUCAUUUAGCUUCUGUUAGGAAAACGAGUGUCAUCUUUCAGACGUGGAAAAAUCAGUGAUGUAUAGAAGCAUGUAUUUUAAUAUGUUACAUUUUAAAAUAGUAUUUUUGGUAAUUCGUCAUGCACACAAUAGCUUGCAAAUAUUUUAUCGAGGCCCUGUAAAAACUGGCAGGUGCUAGGACCUAAUGGAAGUCAGGCAUUCAGCAGGAGGGGCGUGGUGCCCUGUUAGCAGGUAAGAAAAGCCGGCUCUUCCACCUGUAAGCUAAUGAGACUCCAUUUCAGCUCUCUCCACACCGUCUCCAAGAUAUCAGCAGCUUUUACACUCACUUAUUAAACUAAAAGCAUGUUUCUGGCAAAGGCUUUAUUGGAAGGGGCCGAUCGAGGUCUUGGGGAAGCUCUUGGAGGCCUUCUUGGAGGAGGCGGUCAGCGAAGAGGAGGAGGAGGAGGAAGAAAUAUUGGUGGGAUAGUUGGAGGAAUCGUGAAUUUCAUCAGCGAGGCUGCCGCGGCUCAGUACACCCCAGAGCCCCCUCCCACUCCUCAGCAUUUCACCAAUGUGGAGGCCAACGAAAGUGAGGAGGUCCGUCGCUUUCGGCAGCAGUUUGCACAGCUGGCUGGGCCGGACAUGGAGGUGGGUGCCACCGACCUCAUGAAUAUUCUCAACAAGGUCCUUUCUAAGCACAAGGAUCUGAAGACCGACGGCUUUAGUCUUGACACCUGCCGGAGCAUCGUGUCUGUGAUGGACAGCGACACGACCGGCAAGCUGGGCUUCGAGGAAUUCAAGUACCUCUGGAACAACAUCCGGAAAUGGCAGUGCGUGUACAAGCAGUUCGACCGGGACCGUUCUGGGUCCCUGGGAAGCUCUCAGCUGCGAGGGGCUCUCCAGGCAGCGGGGCUCCAGCUAAAUGAGCAGCUUUACCAACUGAUCAUCCACCGGUACGCCGAUGAGGACGGGCGCAUGGAUUUCAACAAUUUCAUCAGCUGCCUGGUCCGCCUGGAUGCCAUGUUCCGGGCCUUCAAGUCCCUGGAUGGUGAUGCGGACGGCCUGGUUCAAGUGUCCAUCCAAGAGUGGCUAGAGCUGACCAUGUACUCCUGAGGUGGGCGUCGAGAAGCCGGCGCCCUCCUGGAGCACAGGCGCUGCCAGAAGCCUAGCCGUGCCGUCUGCACGGUGGCCGAUGUCCGGCCCAACAGCGGUCAUUUCCUGCGAGCUCCUACCCCACCCUGCAUGCUUUGAACCGGGGCUGCCCUUUGUCGCUUCAUUAAAACAGAUGCUUUUUUUAA